AUGGCACUCGUGAGGCAAAUUCUGAGCUCUCUAUACGAUCUAUAUUUAAGCGCUACCCACGGACGCCGUUGCCACGCGAUUGAGUUUGCAAAUGUUGUUGCGUCUCGUGCGUUUGCAGUCGGGCAGUUCUGGCUUGCUAAGUCAGACCCAGCUCCGCAUAUCGAGCUGGAUGACACAUCAUGA